GAAAUGGAUUGGCGGGAAAGUGACAGGUGUUCGGACCUACGCGGGGUGUGUGUCUCUCACGUGCGGCGUGCACAGCCCGCCCUUCGGGAGCUGUGGCUUCGAGUGCUGCUGCUGAUGUUUUGUGCGGACAAGGCGUGAGAAGAAAGGGUGCUCGUUCAGACCACCUCCCUCUUCCUCCUCCUCCUGGUAGUCCUCCACCUCGCACUCCUGUUUCUUCUGCUUCUUGUACAAUCGAUUGGUUAUUGGUUAAUCAAUCAACGAAGCCAAUAAUGCCAAUCAAGUGGGAGGUUGGGGAGUUAACCACGUAUAGCUGCUCGAUCUGAGGAAAUAGUGGGGAGGGAAGGGGUUGUACGAUGUUGGCGGUGAGUUUGGGGGGUGGGCCGAAAAAGAAGUGGAGAGGGGGAGGGAAGGAGGAGGGAGGGAGGGAGCGGUUAAUCGUCGGGAAGCUAUGCGCAUGGCGACACGUCUCUUCGUCCUCUACUGCUGAAUCAAUCGAUCAAUCAAUCUGGUCCACCUGUCAAUCGAUCAGCUGUUCAAGGAAUCCAUCCAUCCAUCCAUCCAUCCAUCCAUCUAUCACCCAAUCAACCAACCAAUCAAGCAAGUGCGACAGGCAUAAGUAAGGGUAUCGGGUUGUGUGGGGGGAUGUUCGGAAGCAUAGUGAAAUGCUGAGCGCAGAAGUAGGCGGGACUGGGAGGUAAACGUCCAAGGACCUCCCACCUCCCUCGCCUCUUCCGCCUCCUCCUCUUUUUCGUCUUGGGUUAAUCAGCCAGCUGAUUUGGUAGCAGGACCUGAGUGGUCAAUCAAGAGACAGGAGGGUGGGGAGGCGGGGGCGGGUUGCGCGGGUGAGGGGGUGAGAAAGGGGAGUUGGCAUGGCUAAUGGUGUGUUCGAUGACCGCAGAGAGUACUGGGAUUCAGAAGCAGGGCCGGGGAGGUGGCAUUGGGACAACGGCAUCGACAGGCGGGCUGGGUGGUCGGCGACAGGGGUGCAAACCCCUCCUCAUACCCUUGGAGUGACCUCCGCGGCACAUCGCGUCUGUACCGGGGGGUUGGGUUGGGAUAAUGAUGAGGAUAAGGAGGGUAAGGAAUGGGACCACUUCUGCAGCAUCAGCGAUGACGGAGAACAGAGUCGCCGAGUCGGUGGCGGCGGGUUCACGACGAAAGGCGCAGCUGUAAGUCUAGCAGUGGCGGCGGUGGAGAGUAUCGUUGGAGAGGGGAGAAUAGGUGGUUUCGCGCCAGAUGGGGGGAAGUGGAAGGGGGUGGGGAGUAGCUGGGAGCCGCGAGGGAUGUCGGCGGAUGGUGGAUGGUUGCCAGCCCUCGGGCGCGCGGCGGCGGCGGCAGGCUGGGGAGCUUGCGGGGAAAGCGGAGAUAACGGCGGCGGCGAAGGAAGUGCGCGGCGUCUUCAGUACAGAUGGGAUGGAGCGGCGGAAGCGGUGUCCCGAUCUGCAUCCUGCGGUGACAAGCUGGACCUAACAGAAGUACUCACGAGGACGCCGGGCAUGGGGUCUGGUUCUCUUCCUCCUCCUCAUGCGCUCUCUCGCCGUCUUCCUCAUUCUCCUCCUGCGUGUCCAUCGUCCUUGUCGUUGGCGUCGCUCUGGUCUUGGAUCACGGCACGCGGGGGCUCGGCGGCGGACGGGAUCGGUAUUGGGGUAGGGCCCAUUCCGCGUGACAGCUCAGCUUUGUUGUCGGGAUCCUCGUCAUCGUCUUGGUUGCUUGAGUGUAUCAAGCGGAACGGCAUCGCAACGGCUCUCGGGGGGCUGAGCGCCGCCGCGUCGGCGGGGGGGAAGUCGGGGGGCGGUUGGUGGGAUAGAGUAGGGGGAGGAGGAGGAGGCAUUGAGGGAGGGGGAGGAGGAGGAGGAGGAUGGAUUGACGGUGGAGGAGGAGUUAGGAUGAUCAAGAAGAUGAAGAAGAAACCGCCGAAGCCUCCGGGAAUACCACUUCCACCUCCCAGGCGGCCUGUUGCAGCAGCAGGAGGAGGAGGAGGCGCAGACGGAGCAAUAGGAAUAGGAGGAAUUGGAGGAGGGGUGGGGGGAAUAUCUGGAUUUCCCCCUGUGCUGAGAGAACCCCCGCAUGGGUUAAUGAUGAUGCCCCAGCAGCGACGUCGAGGCCGCGGAGAUAGAGCUGCCGGGGGUUUGAUUGGAGUACGAGAGAGGAAACCGUUGGUUCCACACGAGAGAGCUAAUCUGGUCCUCGGUACCAUUUUGGGACUCUGCUUUGCGGUGUUGAUGUUGUUCCAAGUUUUUUAUGUGCAGACAAAUGGGGAAAGGAAGCAUCGCUUGGACGCUGGUGGCUUGAACAGCGAUUCUCUUGGAUUGUAGACGUGGCCGGUGUUUGAGAUUAGAUGGGUUGUACCAUCAUCAUCACUGCGGGAUCCACAGAUUUGAUGAUGGCACAGGCUGGUCAUGAACCUCAUUGAAGCAGGGAAGAGUGGGCGUGACAAUUUGUAACAAGAAUGAGAGCAGUAGUGCUUGUGCCAGAUUUUGAGAGUGCAGUGUGCCAACGGUAUUUGUACAGACAAUGCUGACGUGAAGGAGGCAGGGCUGGCGUUUUUCAGCAGGCGUGAGGAUCACAAGAGAGUAGUAGCGCCCUUGUCAGAUUUUGAGGGAGAGAAGAGACUCGAGUGCGCUGCUUGAUAGUGCUAUUUGAACAGGCAAGGCUAAUAAGAAGAAUGAGGCAGGCCAAUGUUGUUCAGCAGGCGUAAGCAUCACACCAUUGGCAACAGGCAAGGCUAAUAAGAAGAAUGAGGCAGGCCAAUGUUGUUCAGCAGGCGUAAGCGUCACACCAUUGGCACCAUCCAUUUUGUCCCCUUUGUAAUUUACUGUUGCAGCUGACUAAUCUGGGACGUUGGGAAGGAGUGGGCGACCCCUAUAUUGCACACAGGAUGUAUGUAUACCCAGUGAAAGUUGAUGAUGCAACCCAGCGUUGUUGAGCAGACAUAAGGAUCACAGCAUCCACAGAAUCUCUUGGGUCUCAUUUUUUGCACAUUUUUUGCACAGAGUGUCUGCUGUUCAUAAUGCGGACACGAGAGGAACGGCAAGUGGUGGCGUGCCUUUAUGGUGGUGACUGGCUCAUGAACUUGUGCCCCAGUAGGAGCAAUAGUUCCUGGGAAGCAAUAGUCCCUUCCCAGCGCCCCUGACCUCCAGUAGGAGCAAUAGAUGUUGGGGUUCCUGAGAUGGACAAAUGCGGACAAGAGAGGAACGGCUUUUAUGAGAGCCAACCCAACCCUAGAUGCAGACCCUUGUGGUUAACGUUGGUAGGAUAUGGUGCAUGAUUGUGUGUGCAUGGUGCUGCUCAUGCCUUGGUCAAGUGAUGCUUGACCGGUGUAUACCAUGAAGAGGAAUAAGGCUCCACUGGUGCUACGUUCGUACUUGGAAAGCAUGAACCCGGUCGUUAUCAUGGUUGUGGUCAUGCUUGGUAAGCAUGAAUCUAGCACCGGUGGGAGCUGGCCCGGACCUGAAAAUGUGUCGGCUAUGUGGUUUCUUCUCAAGGUCCACAACAUCAUGGGAAUGCGUGGGCAAGGGAAGGUGCACAUGUUGGACGACUCCAUCAACCCACCAGUGCCUGGGAUUCAUGUUGGGAGUGAGUAUGGGGUAUAUAAUUCAGGUGGCUAUGCUGAUGAGAGGCAGAUCCAGGACAAGGGGAAGAGUUUUCCAUGUCAUAAUAGGCAAGUUUGAAGAAGAGAGGGAGUGGGAGUUGGAGGUGGAGGUGGAGGUGGUUGGGCAGGAGGGGAGCCACGUGGACAUCAGACUGGUGCAGGGAUAUGGGUCAGGGGCGCUGUUGACAAUGACAGGAUAAGUGAGUUUGAAGAAGAGAGGGAGUGAGAGUUGGGGGUGGUUGGGCAGGAGGGGAGCCGCGUGGACAUCAGACUUCUGCGGGAUACGGGUCAGGGGCGCUGUAGACAAUGGCAGGAUAGCGGCACUGCGCGCGAUGUGUUCUGGCCAAGGACGAGAGAGAAUCUGAGUUGUCAAGUAGCAUGCGUACGAGGGUGUGCUAUGGCAGGUUGCUAUGCCUGUCGUGAGGAAAGAUACACGAGUCAGUACCAAGAUCAGUAGUUGGACGAGCACCAGAGCAACCAGAUGAAGAGGAGGAGGGGUGGACACAGGAGCGUCAGCCAAGGACGAGAGAGAAUCUGAGUUGUCAAGUAGCAUGCGUACGAGUGUGUGCUAUGGCAGGUUGCUAUGCCUGUCGUGAGGAAAGAUACACGAGUCAGUACCAAGAUCAGUCGUUGGAGGAGCACCAGAGCAACCAGAUGAAGAAGAGGAGGGGUGGACACAGGAGCAUCAGCAAAGACAAGGAGUGGUGCAGCAAAGACUGGAGGGUCUGAAAGAUGGGUGCAGGAGUGAGAGUUCGGAUGGUUGCCCAAUGGAUGGAAAAAGAGACGCAAUGGCAAUAGAUAAAUCAGCGGUGAGUGUCAGACAGCUCUGUGCCCGCCUGGACAAUGAGUGACCGUCUCUGCAGCAUAUCCUAUCCAUUCCUUUGUGCACUCCCGUUCCAAUGAUGAAGGAGGUGGUGCUGGGAAGAGCAUGAAAGAAGCGGAAACAGCCUGCUGGAAAGGAGAUGAACGCAAUACCCAACUCGAGUGUUUCGCUAUAGGCGGUGUGGCCCACGGAAGCAGCGCAGAUAGCAUGUCAGUUGCUGUGGCGAGGAAGGAGGGUGGGGCGCGAGUGGAGAAUGGAAAGGUGAAAGGAAGAAUGCCUGAGAAAUGAAUGCAGAGCAGGGUAGGAGCGGGGCAGAAAGGAUAAUUGUGAUGUGGAGCUGAACCAAGAGAAAAAGGCAGAGAGGUCUGGUGGUGCUGAGUGUUGACGGCCACGUGGUCAGUGUGGGUGCUUUUGAGUGCCGGCCUUGGUGCAGAGUGUGUUAUGUGGGACCCAAACCCAGAUAUCAUUUGGACCUGGAUUCAGAUGACGUCCAGGCGUGUUGGAUCUGAUCUGGGAAAGAAGGGAGAUGCCCCAAAGAGCAUUUAUUUUCUUUCUAUUUUUUCUUCUUAUAAAUUAUACUUCUUUUCCCCUCGUCGGAUUUGGUUAGGAAUUUUUGUAAUGGCCCUCGGCCCACUGUUGUCUUAUUGCAAUGCUGCACAGCUUCCCCCUGCUUGCUUUUAAAAAUUCGAAAGGGAAAAUGUGAUUCAUCCUGACAUAUCAUCCAUGCAAGGGUAUCCGGACCCUGACAUUGGGACUGUGCGCAUGGCUGUCUGGGCGUAGGGAUCAAACCACAGCGACUCUUAAGUGUGUCGGUUGGCAGCCCCCUGAUGUGGAGGGUUGUCUCUGCCACAUAUUGUGUCAGGUUGCUGCAGGAGGGGAGGGGCAGAAAGGAUGAUUGUGAUGUGGAGCUGAACCGAGAGAAAAAGGCAGAGGUCCGGUGAUGCUGAGUGUUGAUGGCCACGUGGUCAGUGUAGGGUGCUUUUGAGUGCCAGUCUUGUGCAGUGUGUGUGUUAUGUGGGACCCUAACCCAGAUAUAUCAUUUGGACCUGGGUUCGGAUGACAUCCAGGCGUGUGUGUUGGAUCUGAUCUGGGAAAGGAAGGGAGUUUCCCCAAAGAGCAUUUAUUUUCUUUGAAUUCUUUUCGUUUUUCUUUUUAUAACUUAUUUUCCCCCCAUCGGAUUUGGUUAGGAAUUUUGUAAUGGCCCUCAGCCCAGAGUUAUAGCUAUUGCAGUGCUGCAUAGGAGCCUGCCCAUCCUGACAGACCAUCCAUGCAAUGGUAUCCAGACCCUGGCAUUGGGACUCUGCGCAUGGCUGUCUAUCAAACCACAGUGACUCUUAAGUGUGUCGGUUGGCAGCCCGCUGAUGUGGAGGGUUGUCCCUGCCAAAUAAUAUGUCAGGUUACUGCAGGACGGGUGGUGAUGUGGUAGGGCUAUGAACUUCGUGUCCCUGAUUCUUCACAGGUCUGUGGGGGGUUUUGAAUGUCAGAUAGCCUAUGUUCAGUGUGUUCGAUUCUGGUCUUGCGGUGGCACGUGGUAUGUGGUCAGGUGACCUCGUUAUGAAUGUUGUGCACCUGAUUCUUCUCAGACCUGCAGUCUGGUUGGAGUCGUCAUCAUGGUGAUCACAGUAAGUGAAGUCGGUGUCUUUUUUCCUGUGUUAGUCCCCAGGCGGCCCGGCUGGGGGAAGGUUGCCCGGGUAACCUCCCGGGCGGCCCGGACUGGGCAGGGCCCAGGCAGGGUCUCCCGUCCAGCGCAUAAUAUUUUUAAAAAAUAGAAAACAAAAAAAAAAGAUCCGAAAAAAAAAUAUAUAUGUUGUGUAAAAUAAUAAAAUUGCAAUACAAAC